AUGGCCGGGCUGAGCAAUUUACCAAGCAUUGACUCCGUGCCUUCCUUGUCAACGGAAGUGCGAGCACAGAUACUUGACUUGCUCUUCGAGCCCAGCACACAACUGCACACUCUCUCCGUGCCACUGUUGCACGAGAAGACCUUCUCGUCAUACAAUGACCUGAUUGCCGCCGUUGGCGUACAGCUCACAGAGUUGUCAGAGUCUGUAUCGUCCUCAGACACCAAAUGGCUGGAGGACAUACUUGGCAGUCAUCCUCGGCUGGGAGCCAAGAAAGUCGAGAGCGCACAGAGUCAGGCGGAGCAAGCACAAUUACAAGGCAGUGCUGCGGAAGCCGAGCAACUUCUGCACUUGAAUCAUGACUAUGAAGCAAAGUAUCCUGGCUUGCGAUAUGUCGUGUUCGUGAAUGGGCGUAGCCGAUCUGUCAUUAUGGACGACAUAAGGCAAAGGAUUGCUAGCAGUGACUUGCAGGCUGAGCGUGCGGCCGCUAUUAGGAUACGGACCAUGCAUCGAUCUCCACGACGGUUCAGCGCCGCGGAACAACCAACCGUGAUCGAUCAUCAAGACAAGAUCGCGACCGCUGGCAUUGUCGAUUAG